ACGAUAACUCAAGAGCUGGUCCACACACAAGUGAUGUCCAAAUCAAAGUACGAAUACGUCCGCCAAUACGAAGAGUCUUCAGACUCUGUACUCCUGAGGGACUGUUUUAUUGUCUACGAAUACGUCCGCCAAUACGAAGAGUCUUCAGACUCUGUACUCCUGAGGGACUGUUUUAUUGUCGUCCGAAUCGAUGGCCAAAAGUUUCAUAAGUUCUCCAAAAGACAUAACUUCUUGAAACCAAAUGAUAAACGAUGUCUGGAUCUAAUGAACGAAUCGGCGAAACACGUGAUGAAAGCCUUCUUUCCCAAUAUAGUGAUCGCUUACGGCCAAAGCGAUGAAUUCAGUUUCAUUAUCCGUCGGGUCUCUGAUGUGUACAAAAGGCGACAAAACAAGAUCACAUCACUUAUCGUCUCGUCCUUUACCUCUGCGUUCGUCUUCUAUUGGUCGCAGUAUUUCGUCAACAACUCUACGGUUGCCAACGAUUGUCACCAAUCGGUUCCACUUCAAUACCCGCCCGCGUUCGACGGCCGGUGUGUUCUGUAUCCCAACGCGAAAGUAGUGAUGGAUUACCUGCGAUGGCGUCAAGUGGACUGUCAUAUCAAUAAUCUCUAUAACACGACAUUUCACGCCCUCACC